CUUAUCUUGUUAGAGGGGUAUCUCAAAGAACUAAUCAAGUUGAGAAAAACAAGAAACAUCGUACAUCCUCCACCACAGCACUGUAGUUAAGGGCUCCUAUUACAUCAAGACACUUAGUCCCUGGCCAACCUCUCAUCUGCUAACCAAUCCUAAGUCAAUCAGUCCUUAGCCAACAAGCUCUCAGACAACCAGACAUGAAUCAAGGGCAUGAACCAUUCAAGCUUACCAGACAUGAACCAGUCAGGCAUGUGCUUACUUGGUAUGAACCAACCAAGCAGAAGCCCACCUGACACUAACCAACUGGGCCAACCAGGCAUGAGACAACCAGGCAUGAACCAGUCAGGCAUGCAUGGGGAAAGCAGAAAGGGUUGAGGCAAGUAUCCGAGCCAAAUAAGCAUAAGGCAACUUGGCACAGGGAAAUUAGACCUGAGCCAAUAAGGCAUGAGUCAGUCAGUCAUGAGUAAACUGCAACCAGGCUCAAGCCAAUCCACCACGAGUGAACCAAGCAUGAGGCAACCAUGCCUGAACCAACCUAGCACGAAUCAACAAGGCAUGAGAGAACCAGGCCUGAGCCUAAUCCUGCAGGAGUCAACCAGGUCCAAGCCAAUCAGGCACAAGUCAGCCAGCCCCAAGCUAAUCAGGCAUGGGCCAAGCAGGCAUGUGGCAACCAGGCCGGAACCAAUCAGGCACGAGUCAGCCAGGUACAAGCCAAUCAGGCACGAACCAAAAAGGCGUGAGUCAAACAAGUCUGAGACAACCAGGCAGGAGCCAACUAAGUAUAGGGCAGACAGGCUUGAGGCAACUAGGCAGGAGCCAGUCAAUCCUGAGGCAACCAAGUGUGAACUGUUUUCCAAUAAGACCUGUGGAAGCUGGAGACUGCCCGGAAAUCCUGCGUCUAAUUAAAGAAUUGGCUGCCUGUGAAAACAUGCCAGAUGCAGUGAAGUUAACAGCAAAGGAUUUACUCAGGGAUGGCCUUGGGGAAAACCCCCUUUUCUACUGCCUGAUUGCAGAAGUACACAAUCAUCAAAAGCUAUCAGGCAAAGUGACUGUUGGAUUUGCAAUGUACUACUUUACAUAUGACCCCUGGAUUGGCAAGUUACUUUACCUAGAGGACUUUUAUGUCAUACAAGCUUACCAAGAAAGCCAUCAGAAGCCACUGUUACUGCAUGCACUUUCUUGUCAUUUGGAACCAGGUUUCUAUUGACUACUACACUCAUCGAGAGGCUUUAGACCUUUCCUCUGAGGAGGGUGGCAUCUGUUCAGGUUUAACAGAGAAGAACUCAUGGAUAAGGCAGGAGAAGACUGAAAGAUAACUCAUCACAAUUUAUCCCAACAUAGGCUCCAACAUUUGAAUGUCACUUGAAUUCAAUAGCAGUUUGACUUUGAGUGUUGUACAAUACAGCAAGUGACCAAACUCUUGUUUGAACAUAUCUCUUACUUUGAAACAGAUUUUGCAGAUACUGUCAACUCUCCAUUAUCCAAAAUAAUGUACUAAUGGCUAGUAGUAGAGCUGAUGAUCCAAAAGAGCAGAUAAUUCGAAAAUCACUUAUGCUUGGCUUCAGGAUAUUUAUUUUUCACUUACCAUAACUUAUGACAGUUCAGAUGUUUAUAUGUUGACAAUCUAAAACAUCUGAAAUUGGGAUAAGUGUAAUGAUAAAACUGGCAGCACUUUUUUCUUAGAGGUAAAUAAUCUGUCUUAGAUUUGAUGAAAUAUGGGUGCAUUUGAUCAUAAACGGAUCUAUGGCAAAAAAAAAAUCAUUUAAAAUACUAAAGCUAUUUUUCUCUUUAGGGCUGCACCUGCGGUAUAUGGAAGUUCCCAGGUGAGGGACUGAAUCAGAGCUGCAACUGCUGGCCUACAGUAACAUGGGAUCUGACUCACAUCUAUGACCUACACUGUAGUUUGCGGCAAUUCCAGAUCCUUAACACGCUAAGCGAGGCCAGGGAUUGAACCAGCAUCUUCAUGGAUACUAGUUGGAUUCUUAACCUGCUAAGCCACAAUGGGAACUCCUGAAGCUAAAUUUUGAAAAGCUUAUAAAAAAGCUAGUAAGUGAACUGCUUCCUCACCUUGAGCCUAUCAAAGACCACUCAGAACUACAUUCCAUUUUGAGCAUCUAUAGUUCUUUUGUUGUAUCUAUCUUAGGGCAGAUACUACAUAUAAAACUGUAUUUGUGUAUGUUUCUAUCUUUUCUAAUAGUGCAUUAGUCUUUUGACAGAAUUAUAAUUAUUUUUACACCCUGUGUUACAACCAGCAUGGCAGAACAUGUGAGCUCCUACUACAUACUAGGUAUUCAUGGGCAUAAAAGCUACACAAAGAUGAUUGUCAUACCCAUAAGGAGACUUGUAAGAGAAAAAAAUUAACUAGUUUUAGUUUUAUAAUAUAUUGUAUGGGUUAUCACAGCUACAAAUGCCAAGUGUAAGGGAACAUAUAGGAGAGAGUAUCUAAAUCCUACCUUGGAGAACUGAGAAAGGUGCCACUGCAUUUGAAGGAUGAGUAAGAAGCUGGAAUGGGGCAGGAUGAGACAGACAAAAUUCUAAGAGGAGAAUCCAGUAUAAGGCAAAGAAAAAUAGACAUAAAGGAACAAAUCAUGUUCAAGGACCAAGUGGCAUGAUAUAGAUAAAAUACAAUAUACAUUGGCAGUUGGGCGGGUGGGAAGGAAAGAAGGAUUAAAGUUUACCUGGACUUAUAUAUGAAGGGUCUUUUAUGAUAUGCUAAGGGGUCUUAAUUUGAUUUUGUAAGUAAUGAUGAGUCACUGAAGAUUUCAGGAAGAUAACUACUCAGAGUUGUUAGACAACUUAUAUCAUAAUAAUAUGACAGAUGGGUUUGAAUAGGUCAGCUGACACUGUAUGUUAGCUCAAACUCAACACCCAUUCCAAAUCCUUUACCCCUUGCUUUUUUCACCAUAGACAAAAAUGUGAUUUACCAAUCUUCUCUGAGCUAAAUUUGGCCACAUGACCAAUUGUGCUAAGAUACAGACAGACGUUAUUUUGAGAGGAGUUCUAAGAAAGCGUUUACUUCUCUGAUAAAAAGGGGUCAGAAACAUCUGGUACAGUUUGUUGUAAUCCUUCUGCUUACUCUGAAUGUGUGUGUGUGUUGCCAGAUGUAUAAGAUCCAUUUUGCGACCAUGAGGUGGCAAAUCAACAUGCUAAUGAGCAGAGUGGAAAGAGAAAAAUCUAGAUCCUUCAUCACACCAAUGAGACACUAUACCAAUCCUGUAAUGCCUAGUUCCAGACUUUAGACUCUCACUUAUUUAAGCUACAGUUAACUGGUUUACUGUUACUUAUAAGCAGAACACAAUGUUAGAAAGCAAGAAUGAUGGCAGACAGAUUAACCAGAGGCUACUAUAAAAAUCCACAAAGUGAUGAUGAACACUUGAAUGACAGCAAGGAUUAGAGAAGUUAUAAAGGAUUUGAGAAACACAGAAAUGAGAGGUAGAGACAAUUUAGUUUUAGGCCUACUGACAUUGAGGAUAUAUAUGGGAUAUUAGUUGGAUAUGGAUAUGACUAAGAAAUAAUUAGAAAGAUAGGUGUAUAUACUUCUAGAGAAAUAUGGGAGGUGGAAAUAUAAAUAAUCAGGGCAUAUAAAUGGUGACUGAAGUUAGUGAAGUCUGUUGAAUGAAAAUAAGAGAGCACAGAAUGAGAGAAGAUUAGAAAUGUAAACUUAAGAGCCUCAGGUUUUAAGGGAUUCAGAGGAAGAGAAGAAUGAAGAAUAACAAGAAGAGCAGGAAUGACACAAAAGGGAGGAGUUUCAGGAGGGAGUGGUCAGAGUCAAUCAUUCCGAAAAUAAAGUAGGUAGAGCAGCUAAGGUGCCACAAGUUAGAAAUUGAAAAUGAAGAAGUGGGGGGAGAGGGAGGGAGUGGGAGGGAUGGGGAGCUUGGGGUUAACAGAUGCAAACUAUUGCUUUUGGAAUGGAUUUACAAUGAGAUCCUGCUGUGUAGCACUGAGAACUAUGUCUAGAUACUUACAUCGCAACACAAUGGGAGGAAAAAUUAUGUAUACAUGUAUGUGUAACCUGGUCCCCAUGCUGUACAGU